GUUCCGCGGGGGCGGACCUGUCGCGGUCCCCCGCUCUCCUUCCCGGGCGGGUGUCCCGGGCGCCGACGCCGAGGAAGAGGACAGCGCGCCGGGCCGGGCGCCUGCGCAGACGGCCGGAGCCGGCGAGAAGCUGGGGUGCGCCGCGGAGAAUGUUUUCAGAAGACCGUGCAGUCUUCUCGAGUAAUGAAGAACGGGGCGUGUUGUCCCGGGGUUCUGCAGUGAAGCUGACCCAGUGAGAAACAGCGAAGUCUGGCUGGAAUACCAGCGGUGGUCAUGGGACGCUGAAACAAAGCUCUGGGCCCGUGGUGUCGGCUUUCCUGCUGCUUCUGUGUCCCACGCGUACACGUAGGUCACCUCGGAAGAACACGGUCUCCAGUUUAUGGCACUUCCUCACUGUGGCCAAAGGAGUGCCGUCUGCUGUGUAACACAGGAUGAGGGGAAACUAGACGUGGCUGCAGGCGACUUCUUACCGAACCCAGACCUCCUCAAGGAGCCCAUGAGAAGCGCGGUGGACAAGAAGAAGCUGGAGCAGCUGUACGACAGCUACAGAGACCCACAAGAUGAAAAUAAAAUUGGAAUUGACGGGAUUCAACAGUUUUGUGAUGACUUAAACCUAGAUCCUGCCAGCGUCAGCGUUUUGGUUAUAGCAUGGAAAUUCAGGGCAGCGACGCAAUGUGAAUUUAGCAAAAAGGAAUUUGUAGAUGGCAUGACAGAGCUGGGGUGUGACAGCACAGAGAAGCUGAGAGCCCUUCUGCCGAGACUGGAGCAGGAACUGAAGGACACGGUGAAGUUUAAGGAUUUUUAUCAGUUUACCUUUACCUUCGCUAAGAACCCCGGGCAGAAGGGUUUAGAUUUAGAAAUGGCUGUUGCAUACUGGAAUUUAGUAUUAUCUGGAAGGUUUAAAUUUUUAGAUCUUUGGAAUACCUUCUUACUGGAGCAUCACAAAAGAUCAAUCCCAAGGGACACUUGGAACCUUCUGCUAGAUUUUGGAAAUAUGAUUGCAGAUGAUAUGUCUAACUAUGACGAAGAAGGAGCAUGGCCUGUUCUCAUAGAUGAUUUCGUGGAGUACGCGCGGCCGGUCGUCACGGGCACUAAGCGCAGCCCUUUCUAGGCAGAAAAGUCAGAUGCUGAGAGGAAGGGCCUCCUGCAAGGGGAUGCUCGGUCGGUCACUGUGCCUCUGUCGCUGGCCCUGGCAGUCGCCCUCAGCCAGCCGGGCGCUGGAAUGACCUCCCCCUGCUACAGAAAGGGCUGAGUUGGACGCCGGAAGGAGCUCCUCAGAAGACACUGCUUCGGGAUGCCUGGGGGUGGCUAUUACUUUAGAUUUCUGCUUGAUUUUUAUUAUACUUGUGACAAAGUAACGCAGAGCAUGCCGUUUAAUUCAUGAUGUACGGUGAUUGCCAGCAGUGACCACAGCUCCUGCCGGGGCACCUUGUAAUUCCGCUUAAAAAACAGUCUUUGUGUCCUCGGCAGGACGCUGUGUUUGUCUGCAAGUCAAAGCUGGUAUCCUUAUGCCCUCCAGAACAUCUGACGCGGAUUCGAACAUUUGAUAAACUUGUGCCAGGAAUUCGAGGUUUCUAUUUUCUGAAUUAUCAAAUACCUAGAUUUAUUAGAUCCAUUUUUAAUUCCCUGUUGAUGUUCACGUGAAAGUCAUUCCGUGGUUCUCGGUGGAGGUGGUUUGCGAGGUGAUGGCACGUGUGGGCUGUGACCCCAGGGGCGUUAUUGCAAACUGAUGACAAGUCGCGGGUCUUUUCCUUCCAAUGUCAUUUGAAUGAGCUUCCUAAAAAAUUUUGUAAAGUAUGUUUUUUUAAAAAAUGUAUUUUAUUACAUUUAAAAGGACAUUUUUCCAUGCAAAGUAUUUCUUUUACAAGCAAAGGGUUACAGAUUUAAAAGCCAUGUGAGUUGGUUCCUUCCAGCAUCUGAGAGGCCUGUCGCCCGCCCUCCGGCUGUGUGCAUGGUUGCAUACAUCUCGUUGCCCAAAACACCCGCGGGAAAACCUUCACCUCGUUUCCACCUGAAGCCCAUGCUCGUCACGUUGCUGUCGGAUUCUUCCAGUGUUUGCUAGCUGCAGAGGACCGUCCAGCGAGGCCCAGAACCUGCCCUCCGAGCAUGGGAGGCAAGUGUUCUUCACCUGCGAUGCCACCUGCUUUCCGUCUGGAAAAAGCUGCGUGUUCUAAAAAGCACCGUGUGGACCCUACCUCAUGCAUGAAAAGAUCUUCAUGUCACAAGUGUGCCUGCUGCCGGCCCGCAGCCCUGUGUAUGAGACAAGACGAGUUGGGGUCACUUCACGGGAGAGAGGAAGCUCGCUUUGGAUUUUCUGUACAUGGACAGUGUGCCUGAAAUGUGUGCUUGAGUUGACUUUCACAAACGUGGUUCUGAGUUUCCGGAAGCAUCCGUGCCCAAUGGGGGGGUUUUUGCAUACUUGCUGUGUGUGAACUAUGUAUGCUUUUGGAAAGGAGUCUUUCAAAGAGACAGCAGGCUGUGGAGGGCAGGAAAGGGGGCCUGAGGCUGGGACACCACGGUCGGGGCUGGGGCGGCCCCAGCCCGCUCUCCUGGGCCUGUGCUUCCACGGCCGCAAAGGGACAAACAAGGCUGUCUCCGCCUGCGAGCCUGGGGUUCUAAGAGAGCGCUUACUUUGUAGAAUAAAAACCUCCACAAUUUUAGCACAUCCUUCGCGGCCUCGUGGCUUCCUGCCAUGGAAGUGUUCUGCUCAGACAAGGCUGCGGAGCUUGGGUAAUCUCCCACAAAUCCUGGAGGUCUGUAGCACCUGUUCGUUCUUAAGAUUCAGAGUUACAGCAGGGGAGGCUCCGUGCAGCUGUUUAUCAAUAGAUAACAGAACCUUAGUGGUUGGACAAAGGCUCUUCAAAAAACCGUGGGUUUCUUUUUCUUCUCUUCUGUAUAUUUAAGGCAUGCAUGCUAUGAAAGUGCUAAGAGCUUCGGAAACAUCAAAAUAAAUUAUUUU